AUGGCCACUGCAGAAGAAGACUUCAGCUUCCCUGCCACCACCACCGAUUCACCACCGCGAUUCAUUGAGUCACCACCUCUUUGGCGGCACUCCCCAUCCCCAACCUCCCACCACCAGAAACCAGAAAAGUCUAGAGAUAAACGAGUAGAAGAUGAAGAGAAAUUCAGUUUCCAGCCGUCUCUUCUUCAUGAAGAUGAAGAAGAGAAAAUGGACAUGUUGUGGGAGGAUUUGAAUGAUGAAUCCUCAAGAAGCUGUGGGAAAAUGGAACAGAAUUCUGAUAUUCCUUCUCCGGGAAGGGAAGUGCAAGUCAGCUGUGUUAAAGCCUUGAAGUUAUCAAAAGCAAAUGGAGGCAGGCUUUCUGGGAAGAAACUAGACAUUUUAGUACUCAUCAAUGUCUUGAAGAAGGUCUUUCUCAUGCAUAGUUCUCAUCGUACUAUCAAGAAGCAAGCAUGGUAA